AUGACGGAUCGUACUUCUACUGGAAAGAUGCAUGUGGACGACUUGAAGCAUGGUAGUGAAGUCGAAGUCAACGGGCUUGCUCCCGGUGUGGAGAGUAGCACGCUACGACGCGUGCCCGAUCGCAUUCCAUGGGUUGUGCUGCUCAUCUUGAUCGUUGAGCUGGGAGAGCGCUUCACGUACUUUGGCUUGAGUGCGCCGAUUCAGAAUUACAUCAAAAACCCACACGACCCACAGUCUGAUCUUCCUGGCGCUCUGGGCCGCGGUCAGGCUGUCGCCACAGCCUUGGGCAACUUUUUCAAAUUCUGGGCUUAUGCUUCUACUGUCAUCGGCGCUAUUGUCGCAGAUCAGUAUCUGGGCCGCUUCAAGACAAUUACCCUCGGAUGCGGUGUUUACAUUGUCGGUCUUGUGGUUCUCGUUGCUACAUCAACACCUGCUGGGAUCCAAUCUGGCGCCGGCUUUGGCGGGCUGGUUGCCGCCAUGGUAGUGAUUGGAUUGGGUACAGGUAGUAUCAAAGCGAAUGUUACACCUAUGUGUGCAGAGCAGUAUAAGCCUGAUGCGGCGUAUACGAAGCAGUUGGCCACUGGCGAGUGGGUGAUAGUGGACCCCGAAUUGACCGUUGAGCGCAUGUUCAAUUGGUUUUAUUGGGCGGUCAAUGUGGGUGCGCUUUCGCCGCUGAUUACGGUCAACGUCGAGGCUCAUGUGGGAUUUUGGGUCGCAUACUUGAUCCCUCUAGUGGUCAUUAUCAUUGCUGCAAUGGUCUUCAUCCUCAGCAGCCGGCUCUUUGUUCAAACACCGCCUCAUGGCUCUGCGGUCAUUGAUGCUGCCCGUAUUGUUGCUAUUGCCAUUAAGGAAGGCGGAUUUGAAAAGGCCAAGCCAAGCGCUUUGGAGGCCCAGGGAACUCUUUCGCGCCAUCGUUUUGCGCAGUCCCCUAACUAUACCGACAGAUCUGUAAAGGAAGUACAAAUGGGUAUUACUGCAUGCAAGUUCUUCCUCUUCCUUCCUUUGUACUUUGUCUGCUGGAUCCAGAUUUGGAACAAUCUCAUCUCACAAGCUGGAGAUAUGGCAUUGCACGGUACACCAAACGAUCUCUUGCAGAAUCUUGACCCCAUCGCCUUGAUUAUCUUCAUUCCACUACUAGACUUUGUCAUUUACCCUCUGCUUCGCAAGCACAAGAUCAACUUCAGCCCAGUCCUAAGAAUGACAGCUGGCUUUCUACUAGCGGCCAUUGCUAUGGCGUACGCAAGCGUGCUCCAACAUUACAUCUACAAGUCGCCAAAGAACAGUAUCCAUGUUUGGAUCCAAGCUCCGGCCUACGUUCUUGUCGCGUUUUCUGAAGCCUUUGUUAUCAUCACUGGUUUGGAGUUGGCGUAUACAAAGGCACCUACAAGUCUUCGCUCUCUGGUUUCCUCCUUGUUCUGGUUGACAAUUGGCAUCGCUGCCGCAAUCUGCAUUGCCCUUGCACCAGUGUCGCAGGACCCGUAUCUGGUAUGGAUGUACGGCUCUCUCGCUAUCGUCGGCUUUGUUGCAGGGUGUGCCUUGUAUGUUUGCUUCCGAAACUCUUUCCAAGAGGUGCCAGUUAUUGUAGGCACUGAAGCGGCGAAUCAGAUCGGUGUGAGCAAGGUCACUGCGGAUGCAGGGAAACUUGCUAUCGAGGAAGGAAACAAGUGCGUCAAGUAG